AUGUCCCUCGACAACGCCACCACAGGCGUAACCAGCCAACUCCCCACAGACAAAGUCAACUCAACAACCAACACCGUGAAAAAGACACCCAAAAAACUGAACAAACCAACGAAAGACAUUACCGACCAAACCAAAGACCUAACCUCCCAAUCCAUCCCAGGCGAAUUCCCCUCCGACAACGCGCCCCCAAAAGGCCAAAACAUCGACAACAACCUCUCCUUCUCCUCAAUCUGGACCACAAUCACAACAUGGUUCGCAACUCUCUUCCCGAAAGCCUUCGACUACUUUGAUUCCUGUCUGCAACGUCUGAUGGCCUGGAUUCUGCCUCCGCCGCGCCAGGCGGCCAUGUAUGAAGCGGCGCUGAAGAGGCCCGCGGCGACGACCUUCAUCGUUUGCCAGAUGAUCUGCUGUGGGGUUCCGCUGUUCGUGUUUUUGGCGGGGGUGUUUGUUUUUGCGGCUGUGGCGGUUUUGCUCUGGGCGGUGCUUUCGGUGCUGGUGCUUGGACCGGUGCUGUUGGUUACGAAGGUUUUGGGGGGUGUUAUUACGAGGUUUUGGCUUUCGAAGGUGCAGGAGGGGGAGGGGGAGGGGGAUGGGGAUUCUGAUGGGGAGGAUGCGGAGAAACAGGGGAAGCAGGAGGGAAAGGAGAAACCGAAGAAACAGGAGAGAAAGGAUGAAUGA